AUGGGCAAGACAGAGAAACUUAGGAAAUAUCGGCAAUGUUGGGAAUCAGAGAACUGGGCUAAAGGAUGGUUAAGAGAAGCUGAUGCAGAUGCAAAUAAAAUUGGUGAAGCAUUUUGUAAGAUUUGUCGGUCAUUCCUUAGAGCCCAUUUGACGGAUUUACAAAGACACGCGAAAACAAAAAUGCACUGUGAAAAAAUGAAAAAACUUAAUCCUCAACAGAACAAUCAAACCGUCUUAAGUAAUACAAUUAUAAUUACCAAUGAACAAAAAGAGUUAGACUUAAAGUUGUCCCUGUAUGUUGCAACUCAUACUUCUAUCAAAAGUAUAGAUCAUCUUGGAGAAAUACUAAAGGUUAUUGGGAAAAAAAAUAAUUCACUUUUAAGCAAUUUAAAGUUACAUCGAACUAAAUGCUCAACAAUAAUUAAAAAUGUGAUAUCACCAUCAUUACUAGAAGAACUCAUUCUGGAUAUAGGUACAACUCCAUUUUCUUUAAUUGUUGAUGAAUCAACCGAUGUUUCUGUAAUUAAGUAUUUAUGCUUAUGUGUGAAAUAUUUCAGUACAAAAAACUUAUGUGUAAAAAUUGAAUUUUUGAGUAUAAUCGAAGUAGAUAAAUGUACAGCUGAAGCUCUCAAUAAUCAUGUCUGUAAUUAUCUUAAAGAUAUUGGUCUAGAUAUAAGUAACUUAGUAGGUAUUGGUACAGAUGGAGCAAAUAAUUUAUGUGGAAAACAUCACUCCCUCUUUACACUGCUAAAACAAAAAAGUCCUAACCUACAAAUUGUUAGAUGCAUCUGCCAUUCCCUCAAUAAUGCAUUGUCAAAGGCCACUGAACAAUUCCCUAGUAAUAUAGAUUUUCUUUGUAGAGAAAUAUACAACUGGUUUCAUAUAAGCCCACAUAGACGAUUUGAGUAUAAAGCCACGUUUGAUCUCUUAAAUUCAUCCAAUAAAAAGUUACACCAGUUUAAACAGUUAUCCGGUACUAGAUGGCUGGCACGUGCAUAUGUGGUUAAUUCUAUACUAGAGAAUUGGCUUGAACUAAAAACUCAUUUCUCCACGGUCAUUAAUAAAGAAAAAUGUUAUACGGCAAGAGUUAUAAAUGAAAUGUUACAAGACAAUAUCAAUUAUCUUUUUUUAUUAAUUAUUAGACCUAUACUAAACGAAUUCAACCACUUAAACUUAACUUUUCAAAAAAAUUUUGUAGAUAUUGGUAAAUCAUAUGAUGAUAUUACAAGUUUGUUCAUUUUUUUAGCUAAAAAAAUAAUGAACGAUUCCAUUGUGACGCUUGGCUAUGAUAGUGUUAUUGAAAAUAUAGAUAAUGAUUCAGCCUAUCAGUGGCGUAAAUUGGGUCCAAUUUCUGGUGGUGCAGAGGCAUAUUCUUAA